AUGAGUGAAGACGAUAUGAAAACAAAUGUACAGAAUACCUCACUGAGGGAUUCUAACUCCAUAGUGUUGGUCAGUGAUGAGAUUGCUAAAACUGCUCACUACACUGACUACGUGGAGACUCAUAUGAGUCAGUGGGAAGCCAUCAGGAAGUUUCCAUUCGCUACGUGUUGUGUGCUUGGAAUGAUUUUUGUUUUGGUGUGCACUUCGUUUGAGUCGAUGGCUGGAGGUAUUGUCGUGGCUAUUGCUGCCUUUAGAAGGGAUUUCGGAGAGUUGCAACCAGAUGGAAGUUAUGUGAUUAUCGCCAAAUGGCAAUCUGCUAUCUCAGGUGUCCCGUUAGCUGGUCAAAUUGUCGGCCAGUGGGUAGGCUCAUGGCUUGCUGAUCGUUUCGGAAAGCGUUGGGUCAUCUUUGGUGCAUUGAUUUUCAGCUGUGGUUUCGUAGGCAUUGAAUUUGCUGCCUUGACUAUUGAGGUUUUCCUCGUCGGAAAAACUUUGAAUGGAUUUUCUUUGGGUGUGAUUCAGGCCCUGGCGGUUUCGUAUGUCGCAGACAUCACGCCCUUACCCAUGAGAGGAGCAGCCACUAACCUCUGUAAUGUUUCGUUCUCGAUUGGUCCAUUGGUGUGCUUCAUUAUCAACUAUUCUCAGAGUAACAACAUGACUAGAUGGGCAUAUAGAUGCAUCUUUGCUGCGCAGUGGGGAUUUGCUGCUGUUUCUAUGGUCAUCUUGUUGAUUGUUCCUGAAUCGCCUACGUUUUACCUCUUGAAAGGCAAACCAGAAAAGGCACAGGCCUGUUUUGAGAGAUUGCUCAAAGAUCCAUUGGAGGCUGUGCAUCAAUGUGCUGUUGUCUCUGAAACCGUUAGAGAAGCAGAAAAAGAACAAGCAAAUUCCACAUACCUUGAUUGCUUCAAAGGUCCAAACUUAAGAAGAACCAUUGUCGCAUGCAUGCCUUUCAUUUUCUGUCCUUUUUCGGGUGUUUACUUCACAGGUAACUAUACCUCGUACUGGUUUCAACUUGCAGGAUACUCUAACUCCAUGUCCUUUAAAUUGACCAUUGCUGCUCAAGUAUGUUCCAUUCUUGGAUGUUUGGCUGCUUCUUUAUUAUCGGACAGAAUGGGCAGACGUAACAACCUUAUUUUUGGAACCCUCUCUCUUGUUAUUGUUGACUUGCUUAUCGGUGCAACAGGUACCAACACUACAAACUCCAACGUUGUAAAGACCACAGUGGCCUUCAUGAUCUUGUACGGAGGUAUCUACAAUUUCGGAUUAGGUUCUGUCUGCUACAACAUUGCAACCGAAAACCCUACUGCUGCUUUGAGAACCAAGACAGUUGGUAUUGCGCUCUCUGCCACCAACAUGAGUGGAAUGGUGUGGAGUUUUGUUAUUCCAUACCUUUUCCUUACCACUAACGCUAAUCUUCAGGCCAAGACGAUGUUGGUGUACUUUGGAUUCUCGGUGAUCUUCUUGGUUUACUUCUUCUUCUUUAUUCCUGAGACAAAGGGUAGAACGAUGCAAGAAAUUGACGAGCUCUACGCCAGAAAUGUGCCUUUGAGAAAAUUCCACAAGACGAUUACAGAAAAUGAGAAGCUCAACGAGAAGAGCUACAUGGAGGUUGAAAAGGUGGAGCACACACAUGUGGAAACUGCCUAG